AUGCCUUCUGAUCCCGAUCAUAAAGCAGAAAAUGGAUUCCGAGUUAUUAUCUUCAUCUCUGUUCCAAUCUGUUUGGCGAUGGCAGUCGCAGUCAUAUACGUCUGCGUUCGUGGUCGUCGCAAAAGAAUACACGCGCUGAAGCAAGAAGAAAAAGGUGAAAUCAGAAAUAACAACUUGGAUUUGUUCUCAAUCUGGAACUACGACGGGAGGACGGUGUUCGGCGACAUCAUCGACGCGACGGAGGACUUCGACGACGCCUACUGCCUCGGCGUCGGCGCCAGCGGCAGCGUGUACCAAGCAGAGCUCCCGACGGGGCAGGUGGUGGCCGUGAAGCGGUUCCACUUCGCAGACGGCGACCGCGGCGGCGGGGGGCUGCUGCUGGACGAAAAGGGAUUCAGGAACGAGAUCAAGGCGCUGACGCGGCUGCGGCACCGCAACGUGGUGAAGCUGUACGGCUUCUGCGCGCACUCGAAGUGGAUGUUCCUGGUGUGCGAGCACAUGGCGAGGGGGAGCCUGGCGGAGAUGCUGGAGCACGACGGCCGGGCGGCGGAGCUGGGCUGGGAGAGGCGGGCGGCGGCGGCGAGGGACGUCGCCGACGCCCUCAGCUACCUGCACCACGACUGCAGCCCCCCGGUGGUGCACCGCGACGUGUCCAGCAAGAACGUGCUGUUCGAUGCGGAGUUCAGGGCCUGCCUCUCCGAUUUCGCCACCGCCAAGCUCAUCAAGCUCGACUCCUCCAACUGGUCCGCGCUGGUCGGAACCCUCGGAUACCUAGCACCAGAGCUGGCUUACACGAUGAAGGUGACAGAGAAAUGUGAUGUGUACAGCUUUGGCGCGGUGGCGCUCGAGCUUCUCCUGGGAAGGCACCCAGGGGAGCUCAUUUUGUCUCUGUCUUCGUCGGAGUCGAGCGAUGAGCAGUCUGCGCUACUGCUGAGAGAUGUGUUGGAUCCGCGCCUUCCGUUUCCCGACGAAGACCGCGGCCUGGCGGAGAAGAUUGUGAGAGUGGCGGCGACCGCGUUAGCGUGCGUGCGCGUCGAUCCAAAGUCCAGGCCGUCCAUGAGAAGCGUGGCUCAUGAGCUGCGGAAAGAGAAGAUGCCCACUCCUCUUCAACACGGUCAAACCGUCAGCUUGUCUCAGUUGAAGCAUUUUAAGCUCUAGGCAAUCGGACUGGAAUCCUGUAGGCGCACUUUAGCACAUAUGAUCGCAUCGUGUAAAACUCACUAAAUUAAAAAGUUAUUUUUUAAUAUGACAAAAGUUGAUUUGUUCGGUUUA